CAAUCCAAAAACAUAUUUACUCAGUUAAUUUCAGACAUAGCACCAAAAGAUUGUGUGUAUAAAGUAUAUCUGUAUGGAUCUGUCUGUAUAUUGCACAGACUGACUGCCUGAAAUUGGAUUUAUUGAUGGUGCAAAUGUUUAUAACACACAGGUCUAUUAUUUAGGGUCUGAGGCAGAUUUAAAAAAAUAUUUCAUUUGUAAUAAAUCAGCACUGGAUCACAGCUGAAGAUUUAGGACACGCCAGGUGAAGCACUAAUAAACACAAGAACGGUGUUGUGGAUAAAAGUAGUGCUUCAGACUAGAUUGUGAGUCUAAUGCUUUUUUGUGAGAUGAUAGAGGAAAACAGUCUACUCUUGCUGAUUAUUACAAUUCCAGAUACAAAUAUUCAAAUCCUCCAGGUGACAUUAUUCUGCUGGAGACUUUGUUCCUCACAGGCCACUGACCGCUGCUGCUGAUACAAUCUGAUACCUGAUUACGACAUACACAAAACACACACGCAUGAGACUGUGCAGUAUAAACAUGCUGAGUUUCUACCCCUGCUCAAAUGGACAAAUCAGCCUCCUGAUCAGUUUUCUGUUGUGGAGGCGAAAUGCAUGAAGGGUGGCGGAGGGUUAGGAGGACAGAGCCACUCUUGUUUUUUUCUAAUUGAUGUGAUCCAGCAGCCGAAAUUCCCAUCCAUAUGCCUUUCCUGGAGCAAUAUGCAGCCAACCAUGUCGAUAGGGAACCAUGUGCAGCUCCCUGAGCCCCAAACAGCCCAGUGGGCCAGGCCUCACAGACAUGCAGCAGUACCACCAGUGGCUGGCCAGUCGACAUGAAGCCAGCCUGCUGCCCAUGAAGGAAGAUCUCGCCCUGUGGCUCACUAAUAUGCUCGGCCUGGAAAUCACCGCCGAGAGCUUCAUGGAUCGCUUAGACAAUGGCUUCCUGUUGUGCCAGCUGGCUGAGACACUACAGGAGAAGUUCAGGCAAAGUAAUGGAGACCUGCCUGCUUUUGGCAAUAGCAAGACUAUUCCAUAUCGGAGGAUACCAUGUCGACGGAGCGCUCCCUCUGGCUCUUUCUUUGCGCGGGACAACACAGCCAACUUCCUGGCCUGGUGUCGUGAGGUUGGCGUUGGAGAAACGUGUUUGUUUGAGUCAGAGGGUUUAGUUCUUCACAAGCAGCCACGAGAAGUUUGCCUCUGUCUGUUAGAGUUGGGACGGAUUGCAUCCCGGUACAAUGUGGAGCCUCCUGGACUUAUAAAACUGGAGAAAGAGAUUGAACAAGAAGAGAAAGCACCUCUACCUCCUCCAUCAUCUGUAUCCCCAGCUCAGCCUCUCCCUCCGUCUCCUUCAUCAUCUCCUUCCCCAUCUCUGUCCCCUUCCCCGACUCCUCCCAAAGUCAUUUCCAGCAAGAAAAGUACAGGGAAUCUGUUGGAUGAUGCUGUAAGACAUAUCGCUGACGAUCCCCCCUGCAGGUGCCCCAAUAAAUUCUGUGUAGAGAGGCAGUCGCAGGGUCGAUACCGUGUUGGGGAGAAAAUGCUCUUCAUACGAAUGCUGCACAACAAGCACGUGAUGGUACGCGUCGGUGGAGGCUGGGAGACCUUUGAGAGCUACCUGCUGAAACACGACCCGUGCCGCAUGCUCCAAAUCUCCCGGGUGGAGGGCAAGAUGUCACCCAUCAGCAGCAAGUCCCCCAACAUCAAGGACCUGACCCCUGACAGCUACCUGGUGGUGGCAGCCCACUACCGCAGCAAAAAGUGAAGACGUGAGACUGAAAAGUGUCAUCAAUGAAAGGAUAAAGAGGAAGUUGUUUACUUGCAGGCCAGUGGACGCAGCUGUGUGACAUAUUCCUGUUCAUAAAACAUUAAAGUUACACCACAGCAUCCAUGAAGGCAGACGUGUGUGAAAGUGAUAUGAAAGUAGAGGGUAUACUUUUCUUAGUCAGUGUUGGUGUGUUGGUGAUCAUAUUAAACUUCGAUGAUUCAAACAGGUGGGCCCUGAAUAUUGUGUUUUAGUUUUACAUGACUGUAAACAGCUUUGUGUUCAUGUGUUCAUUACAAUAUAAUGAAUUAACUGGUUGAAGUUGUACAUUUUCUUUGGGUUUCUUUUUUCAAUUACUUACUGUAUUUUAACCGAUAUAUCACGUGCAAAUAUGUGAAAUGCUUUUUUUUUUUUUUUUUUAGCACACAUGCCUUCAUCUAGGAAAAAAUGACAGCUUUCAAGGUUUUAGGCACCAUGCUUCUUUUUCUAUCCCUUGACAUCUUUAAUUAGAAAAAGCAAAAUGAGUUUAGUAAAUGAUGUUACUGAAAGUGAAAACAUCAGUCAUCAACCAAAACUUCUUUGAAUGAAUUUAGGCAAGUGUUGAUGAUUGCAAGACUGACAACAUAUUCUUUUACCCUGGUAAUCACACUGAUUUGCCAUUUUAUUACGCUUCAUUCAUCAUUUAUGUGAAUAUCUGAGAUGUGAGCAGCAAUUCAGAUGAUUUUGUCUGUUAGUGGAAAUCACAUCAACUUUUUUUUUUUUUUUUUUUUACAAUUUAUCGUUUUUCCCUCUUUUCAUUUGCUUGAUUGUGUUAUCCAAAAUGCCAUAACUAUGACCAUAUUAAGACUGCCAAUUGGACUAUGACCUUUAACGCUGACAUUACAGUAGAAAAUUAACUAAAAAAAACUAUUUACCAAAAGAAAUGUGUUAAACCAAAGCCUGACAGGAUCAUCUCCCAAAUGUCUUCUUGGUCUUUGCUUUCUGUACUGUAUUUCUUAUUAGGUUAACAAAAAAAGGAGCAGUGCUUAGAUUGUUUACAUGUUAAAUAACUAUUCUAUGCAAUGCCUUUUUGUACUAUUAUCAUUUUUAAUCAAUUGUUAAUUAUUAGAGUAUACUCUGUUUUACAUGCUUUCCGUUUGUAACGACAUAGACAAUCACCUGUACAAGAUGCAGUAUGUAUAUAAAUUGAAUCUUAAUGAUUUAAUAUUGAUUAUAAUGGAUUUACUCAUUUGAGGCCCUCCAAUUGUUGAAUGUUGCUGACCUCUAGAGGUAGUGCAAAUGUUUAAAUGUGCUAAAUGAGCUCUUUACAUUUAACAGAAACAUUUAAUGUGUUCAAUUUGUAAAAACCUUUCCCCUGGACAAAUCAUAUGUGGGUUUGGUAUGAGAUCAGUGGCUAUGCAAAGCUCAGGCUUGUAUGUGCAGUUAAUACAUCCAGUUUCUGUUUAUAGAUGUACAAUUUCAAUAAAUUCUCAAAAACUUAAAA